CGGGGCAGCCUUUGGAUGAAGGGAAAGGAUGGGAGAGAAGGCGAGGGCUGGUUCAAAGCGAAUGAGCCAAAACGCGGUGGACUCGGAGACCCUCCCACGGGCAGCAGUGCACCGGAGGACUCUGACCCGGCAUGGCAAACACUGCCGGAGAAGAGGCCGUCAUCAGAAGAACGCUGCUCCUCGAGUGAUCAGGGAUUGGGGGAAGCUGUCCAGAACGGAGGAAUCAUGGACCCCUUGGAAGAUCUGGUGCAAGACCUCAGGUUCCCCCCUGAAGUGAUCCGUCUGCUGAUUUACAAUUUCAGCAUCCCAGUCGCCUGCUUCUCCCAACCGCCAACCGCGCUGCAACUACUGCGUCAGCAGAGCUCAGUGGACCUCGCCGUCACAGGCAUGGUGACCUUCCUGACGCUGUUGUCCAUCGUCAUCUUUGUGGAAGAUGCCCUGUAUCUCUCCAAGAAGGUCCGCUGCUUCGUCAAGAUGAAGACCCUCAUCUGGAGUAGCUCAGCACCCACUGUAGUCUCGAUAUUCUGCCUUUCGGGGCUCUGGGUCCCGCGCGCCAUGCCGGUGGUGGAGAUGGCCAUUGCCUCGUACUUUGGCGUCUGCUUCUACCUGACCAUGCUGGUGAUGGUGGAAGGCUUUGGGGGCACGGCGGCCGUGCUCAAGGCCUUGAAGGAUACCCCCGUGAACAUCAACACCGGGCCGUGCUGCUGCUGCUGCCCCUGCUGUCCUCCCAUCACAAUGAGCAAACAAAAACUUAGGCUCAUGCUGUUGGGCACGUUCCAGUACGCUUUCCUCAGGGUGGCCUGUGCCUUCCUUGGGCUCGUUUUGACCACAGAAGGCCUGUAUAACACGGCGGAUAUCUCGGCCACCAGUGUGGCUCUUUGGAUAAACACCUUCCUCGGAGUGUCCACCAUAUUUGGCCUGUGGGCGCUGGCGGUCCUGUUCCGCCAAGCCAGGACGCAUCUGGCCGAACAGAACUUGGGGGGCAAGUUUGCUUGCUUUCAGGUCCUCCUCAUCCUGACCGCGUUGCAGCCGUCCAUCUUCAGCAUCCUGGGCAAUGGUGGCCAGAUCCCCUGCUCCCCGCCGCUUUCCUCUCGGGCGCGGUCUCAGCAGAUGCACGCGCAGCUGCUGAUCUUGGAGACCUUCAUCAUGGCAGUGCUGUCAAGGAUGUAUUACAGGAAGCCAGAUGACAAGGCAGGCUGCUGUCUGGAUGGAUCGCCAGAGAACAAGACAGAGAUCAUCGAACACUAAAGCCGGACGCAGCAGGGCCACUGACCAAGAGACCUUCCAAAGCUGGCAGGAUCACGGGAAGCAUAGGACGCUCGUUCUUAAAUCUCAAGCUUGAAAAGACAGCAGCCAUUUCCUGGAGGUCAUUUUCAGCUCGCUGGAGAGUGUGGAAAGACCCAGGCUUCAAGUCGAUUCACGGCCGGCACGUUACAUGGACAUGCUAAAUUAACCAGGGCUUUAUAUGAUGACAGGGAUGUGGGCACCUAUUAUUAAAGUGCCCAAGGUUUCAUAACAAGGAUAGGCAGCCUGGGGUGUCCGUCGGAUGUUAUGGACUGCACGUCCUAUCAUUCCCGACCCUUAGCCAUGCUGGCUGGGACAGAUGGGAGUUGUAGUCCAAAACCUCGGGGGGUGGGGUGAGUCUAUCGCUGCUUUCUAGGUCGUAGGUGUCAUUGGGAUGAGAGAACUCCAUGGGUGAGAGGUCUCAGGGGUUACUCUGCUCAAUGGCUGCAUCUGUUAUUUCCAUGGUCAGACGGAAACCGCGUUGUAUAAAUAAAUACAAAUUUAGAAGCCUGCA